GCGCAGGCAUGUAUCCAGCACAUCGAAGACACACACCGGAUGUAUCGUCACGCGGCGGCCAGGCUUGACCCUCGGCCUCGAUCGGAUCUGUCAUCCUCAUCUUACUGUUUAGCUUUGACUUUUUCUUCUUUCUGUCACGCCCAUUCAGUUCCAAAAUGGAGUCCCGUACACGAAUCAUGAGGUCAUCUCAACUUGGAUUGCCACCUCGGUCCUCCAUGACUGUGACAUUUUCCCGUGACACCUUGGAACGAAAGGUGGAAGCCAAUAAACCCCAACAACUUCCACGGAAUCCUGAUCAGAAGCUUGAAAAUAUUAGAAAAAUAAGUGGGAAAGAUGCGGACCCAGUCCUCACGAGCUUGGUGAACUACCACAGCAAACUGCUUGGGGCUUCGGGGAGGUCAUUUGACUUAAUUGUUGGUAAGCUGAGUCAUCUCUUAAAAACCAAUGGAUACUACCUGGAUUCCAAGUAUAAAGGGCCCAUGGACGCCUUGUUCUUUGCUAUCAGGAAUCUGAUUGUAGACACAGAGAAGAGUGAGAUCUCUAGGACCAGACUGUUAGAGAACCUGGAACUCAGGGCCAAGACAUGGGGUCAUGACCCCUUAGAGCUUCCACAACCUCGUGCUCAUUUACAAGACUUGCCUUCUCCUACAAAGCCACCUGCAGUCACCCAUCCUCAGGAUAAUGCACCUACUGAAUGCCUAUCACCACCUUAUAAUGCUUCUGGGCGUUACUCCCCUAUCCCUCUACCUCCUGUCCAAGUUGCCCCUCCCAGUCCCGACAUGGAGGCAUUGACCCAUGUGGCCAAGGCCACUCCGUUUCCUGAUGACACUGAUGACGAUGAGGAAGACGAUGACCAGUGGCUGACGACAUCGGACAUGACCUACGAGUCUGACAGCUCCGAGGAGUUCAUCAUGCCAGAGCGUGAGGUAGAGGAUCUUAUGAUGGAAUCUACCACAGAUCUUGAUGAUGAGCUUUCCAGGCUGCUGGCAGCAAAGCUCCCUGAUAGCUACAAGAGGAGAGUGAAUGAUGGCAAACCUGUGCGCUACACCAGAUCCUUCCUGCUUGACCUGUGGAAAUCUCCCUAUUCCAAAGAGAUGCCGUCAGUCCUGAAGCAUACCAUCUCCCAUAGUGAUGUGUCCUUUAUCAUCCAGAGGCAUGCCUUUUCUGAUCCUGGAGUGCUGUUUCAGCAAGGAUCAAUGGAUGAUAUUUAUCUGAGGCCAUCUCACCUCAAGGCAGACCCUAACUCAAGAGUUAGAUCAUCCAGUGGCAGAUCUUCCAGUGGCAGAAGUACCCCAGACCCCAAAGCUUCUGAUGGAGAUGCUACCAGGAUGAGGGCCUUGAGCUGGCCCCAGGGAGCGGCAGCAGCAGGGAAACCACAACCAGAUGUAGAAGGAGGAGGAGAGAGACUGGUCCAAGGCAGGGAAGGAGCUAGGCAAAUCCGAAUAGGGGCAAGGAUUGACAGUCCAAAUCCUGCAACUUGGCAAGGAGCAAGAAGAAUCAGUGAAGGUGACGGCCAAGAAGGACGACCAGAAGCAUCCUUGAGAUCGAAUUCACCAGAUGAUUGGCGCAGGCCUGGAUCUACUGCUGGAAUUUUGGGAGAGACUGGUACCAGUGCUGCGAUAUUAGGAGAGAGGCCAAAAAGGAAUACAAAUAAACAAGAGCCCUUGGCAGCAGCUGCAGAAGGAGAGGAGGUUGUGCUGAGACCACGUUCUCCAAGAGAUUGGGUCCAAACUGGCCCUGCAUUUGGGACUUUUGGAGAUAGGGCUGGUCAAAACAUGAGGAGACCGAUUACCCCAAGAAAGGAGGAAUCUUUACGGCCACGCUCUCCAAGUGAUUGGCGCAGACCGGGAUCAAUUUCAGGAUUACUUGGAGAUGGGGAUGCAAGAGCGGUGAGGCCUAGGCUCUCCAAUUCUCCAGGUGUAGCAGGAGAUGGGGCUGAAGAAAUGUUACAAGAGAGACCAGGAUCAUCUGGACGACAUUCACCAAGUAAUUGGGGCUGGCCUGGAUCUAGUUCAGGGAUACCUGGAGAUGAGGGUACAAGAGUUGCUGGACUUGGACUCUCCACCCCCUCUGCAGUUGUAGCAGGAGGUGGAGAUCAAGAACGGCCAGGUUCUAGACGACGCUCACCAAGUGCCGGCAGUCAAGAGGCUGGUGCCAUGAAGGUCCGAUUUGAUCUGCCUGAUCAAAGCAGCGAGGAUGACAUGAAAACUAAAGACUCCCAGAGGAAACAAGCAGCUACGUCAACCCAUGUACUCCUUACACCACGUCAGAUUCUUGGAGAUGGGGCUCAACCAGACGGGGGCACUGACAUGUCUCCUUCGACACUGCCGAUGGGAUUCGCUCCUCAGACCGAGAUCCCUACCUUUAGAGAAGUCUUUAGAGAGGUCAUUGAGAAAGGGAUCACUACCGGGGCACCAGGACCAGCCAUGGACAUCAGGGCAAAGUCACCUGAAAUGUGAUCCCCACAACAUCGGGAUAUUCAUCUCACCUCAUCAGAUUUUCAUAACUAUGACUUGAAUUGAAUUCACAAGUGUUUAAUUAAACCAUUGAUGAGGAUUGCACUCUGCAAGUGUACUAAAAUACAAAUGAUAAAUGUACAUUGCUAAUGAGAAUGCUACAAGAGAAAGUGUUGAGAUAUUGGGCCCUGCGUGAAAAAGAGAUACAAUUGACAUAUACUUUUGAUCAUAUCUUUCUGUGCAUGGUAUCAUACAUAUUAAAAGAUUGAUUGUAAGGUUGAUUGUAACUUUUUGUGUUACAGGGCUCUUAUUCUGUACCUAUUUUGUUUACAAAAAUCCCUGGGCUGGUAUUCAAUUGCAAGUAUUAAUUUUUUAAUAAAGUAAAAUGCGUACACUUGUAUUCUAAGUAAUUUACUUUAUCAAGCCAACUUUAAGCAAAAUACUUAUACCUUUUUGACGCAAUAAAAGUUUGAGCAAACCAAUGCGCAAUAUAUAGCGCAAUGUUUAUGACUGCGUAUCACGUUUGUAAAUUGCACGCAAGCGAGACUCAAGUCUGGUUGGCAGCUGACUUAGAUUUAAGCAAAAUACCAUACCCAAAAUAUGCAAUUGUCUUGAAUACCAAAGAUGGUUAAGUAUUUCACUUAAGCAAAAUACUGAGUGAAAUAAUUAAUAUUCUGGCUUAAGUAUCAAAUUGAAUACCUGCCCUGGUGUUUUCAAACUGUGGCUUAACCCAAAUAAUUUGGGAUUGCUAUGUGGUAAUUAAUGUGACAAUUAAUAGUUAUGUUCUAUGCAUUUUUAUAAUGGAGUUGAGAAUAAAAAAGAACACUUUGCAAUAAAAACAACUCUUCUGGACUCACGCUUACAACUCAUUGUCGUACCAUACAGGCUUGGUUCUCUGUAUUGAAGCAGUAUUCAUUGAAUGAAACCUUUUGUGAAGAUUUUGUCUUUAUUUUUUUUUAGUUAUAUUUCAAAAUUAUCUUUCAGUUUGAUAAAUGAUAUGUUGAUCAAAGUGCCUUAAAAUACAUUGUGUGUGAUCUUGAAGCAGCUUUUUAUUCAAUUGUUUGGGAUGCAUAAUUGUGUAGUUUUCAUUUGGUUUGAAAACGAAUCUUUCAGUCUUCAGUUGAUUUUUUUAAAGAUGUGUGUGAGUUGUGUACCUCAUUUUAUUACUUGCCAUUUUAUUUUUUUUGUAUUAUAAUCAAGUUCUGACUCAUUUAAUAGUUUCUGGCUGAUAUUGAGAGUACUCAUUUUUAUUAACCCAUUUCUUUUUUUGACUGGGAUUAUAACUCUGAGAAGCAUCUCAUUGAAAUGUAUUCAAUAUGUGUAUGUUUU